AUGAAAAUGCAGAAUUUCCCUACUUUGAGGUUAAUUUUGCUUCUUAAUGUACCACAGUGCUGGUCAAUUUUCACAACAACCGUGGGUGACACAUGUACUGCCGACUGGCAAUACAGAGGUAGCCUUGGCGAAGACAAAUGGAGCAUACUAUGUCCACAAUGCAAGUCUAACAUGCAGAGUCCCAUAGACAUUAAAGUCUCAUCUCUCUUGUAUGCACCCAACCUGGACCUGCUAUCUAUGGAGGACUACGAUACCAUGAGAGAUGUACAAGUAACAAAUAUGGGACGAUCAGUGUUCCUUGAUCUGCGGUCUGCUGGUGAAUAUUGGCUAUCAAGAGGCAACCUGCCAGGAAAGUACCUAGCCGAUCAGAUGCAUUUUCACUGGGGAUCAGAUAGUUCAAGAGGCUCUGAUCAUCGGGUAGAUGGUCGUCAGUUUCCUUUAGAGAUGCACAUCGUUUACGAUUUGAUGGAUCAGGUUAAAGACAGAGAGAUGAUUGCAGCGGUAUCUGUUCUUUUUGAGGUCUCAUCCGAAGAUAAUGCAGACCUACAGCCACUCAUCCAGGCGUUGUCAUUAAUCAAGACACAGGGACAGGAAACCACUCUUUCAUAUUUUAUGCUAUCAAAAUUUUUACCUCGGAACUUGAAGCGAUUUUAUCGUUACUAUGGUAGUUUAACGACACCUCCUUGUUUAGAAACGGUCGUUUGGACUGUAUUCAAAGAGACCGUGAAAGUUUCCGAGAGACAGCUUUCUGUGUUCCGAUCGCUGACAUAUAGAGACAAUGACAGUGGACAAAAUCGCCAACUAGCAAACAACUUUCGUAAGAUUCAGUCAUUAAAUGGGAGAAUAGUGUAUAGUACCGAGGACAGAUCUGGGGUAACAGCAGGAGCGUUUGCAGCAAUAGGAUUAACAGUAGUUAUUCUUGUGAUUGGACUUGGGGCCUUCUUUGCUUUUGCUUGGCCUAAAUACAAAGCAAAGAAAAUGCGUGCAGAAGACAAGCAACCAAUAGUGGAAACAUCAAUACAAUAGGAAUAAACCUUACUAGAUGACCAGGUUUUGAUUUGACUAGUCUUAUUGUAAAAUCAUUUAUACAAAAAGCUUAAGUAAUAAAUCUGAUUCAUAGCA